GUGCCAGCCGUUAGACAGUCAAGACCUGACACAACUAUGACCCUCCUGCUCCCUCUACCUGGAUUAACUCUUAAAUAAGCGCUGGUUGUCGCUACCCGGUCCCCCUAACGUCAAGCCGCAGCAGCAGCCUCACCGGCCGAUCGAUCCUGUCCCCAAUCUGCAACUCUCUGCUUUGUUCUCUUGCCAUGGGGUUCGUUGUUUCCUUGUUGCCUGGGCAGCUGAUGGGGUUGAUUGUGCUGUGAAGUGGAUACAAGGUGGAUUUAUGGUCGUCAAAGCCGAAACUACUAUCCGAGGGAAAUUAGUGGAAGUUUGAGCUCCGGGAGGAUGCAGGUGACGUGUUGGUGCGCUGUGUUCCUUCUGACGCCUGCGCUUUACCUGGUUACAAGUGCUCAUCCUUCAAAGACAGACAUUGUCAAAUCAGGAAAUCUGAAAUCCACGCUUAAGCAUAUAUGGACACAAAGUAAUAAGGAAAUGUCCAUCAGUAGGAUGCUAUCACAGACUCUACAAGGCAAGGAGAACAGCACAGCUUUGGAUCUUCACUAUGACACUCCAGAGCCCUAUUUGGAGCAGGAUCUUUGGGAUUGGCUGAGAAAUUACACGGACCUGCAGGACUCACGACCACGGGCUAAACGACGGCCUAUGGUCAAGACAGGAAAGUUUAAGAAGAUGUUUGGCUGGGGGGACUUCCAUUCUAACAUUAAGACAGUUAAACUUAACCUGCUAAUCACUGGUAAGAUUGUGGAUCAUGGAAAUGGCACUUUCAGUGUCUACUUUCGCCACAACUCCACAGGGCAGGGCAAUGUGUCUGUUAGCUUGGUCCCUCCAACAAAGAUAGUUGAGUUUGAUGUGGCAGCACAGCAGUCCGUCAUUGAUGCCAAGGACUCAAAGUCCUUCAACUGUCGCAUAGAAUAUGAGAAGGUUGAGAAGGGUGCCAAGAACACACUCUGCAACUUUGACCCAUCCAAGACAUGUUACCAGGAGCAAACUCAGAGCCAUGUCUCCUGGCUUUGCUCCAAACCAUUCAAAGUCAUCUGCAUCUUCAUUUCCUUCUACAGCACCGACUACAAACUGGUGCAGAAAGUGUGUCCAGACUACAACUACCACAGUGACACUCCCUACUUUCCCUCUGGCUGACAUUUCCAUACACUCACAAACUACAUAGUGGUCGAGUGGAGAACAGACUAGGACUUUUAUCCAGGCCAGAGACAUUUGUAUGUUAGCCCUUCUGUCCUUUAACAUGUCCAUACCAGAGUAUCAGCUAUGUUCAAAUGAUUCCCCUGUUCAAUCUUCUGAAAGAGCAAAGAGCAACUUUCAGUUCUUACAAAAUGUGCUAUAUAUAAAUUGUAAACUGCU